CUGAAUGCGAAUGCUCUUAUAUGUAAAGUCCCUGAGCGAAAACCUGAUUAUGGCCCUUAUGGACCUGGCAAAGGUCUAUCGCAUCAUGUCGAGGCUCAAGUUGGUACAGUUGGACGAAUGUACUCUGUAGGAAAUGUAAAGUAUGUUGAGAUGGAACUGUAUGCAGGUCUAUUUGCCACAGGUCUCUUAAUCAUUGUAGUAUUAGGGAUUCUUGUUUGUGUGUUACAAAGACGGCGUGUCAAGGCCAGAAAAGCAAAUAAAUUUCCGGAAUUUGUAGAUAUGAAAGUCGUGUCUGACGACAACGAUGGCAAAUAUGUGUACGUGUAUGACAGGGUAGAAAUAUCUCAACUGGAAAAAAACUUAAUGAAAAUAUUGGGAGACAGACUGCUGAAAUACAAUGACAUUGGGCAGAAGAAAAUACUCGGACAAGGACAGUUUGGUAUUGUCUAUAAGGCUUAUAUGAAAAACAUGGAUGUUGCCGUAAAGACAAUAAAGAAAUCUGGAUGUAAUCAAAACGAACUAUCUGAGUUCAUCGAUGAGGCAAUUGUUAUGAAGGACUUUGACCAUCCUAAUGUUUUAAACUUGAUUGGGGUUGCACUGCAUGAUAACAUACCUUUCGUUGUCCUUCCAUUCAUGGAGAACGGCGAUCUCAAAAAUUAUGUGCAGGAUCCAGAAAAGAGGUUCACAUUUAGGGAUAUGCUCAACAUUUGCAAACAAGUGGCUCAAGGAAUGGAAUAUUUGGCAUCACAGAGCUUUGUUCAUAGAGAUCUGGCUGCCAGAAAUUGCAUGGUUUCGAGCGAGUGCACAGUGAAAAUAGGAGAUUUCGGUCUUUCAAGAGACAUCUACUCAGACAAGUACUACAUCGACGAGAGGUUGGCUAAACCACUUCCGGUCAGAUGGAUGUCUCCCGAGAGUUUACGAGAUGGAAAAUACAGCAGCAAGUCGGAUGUGUGGUCAUUUGGUGUGUUGAUGUGGGAGGUUCACACGCGUGGGGGCAUGCCGUAUGCUGAUGUUGAAUCAUAUGCUAUUAAAGCAUUUGUCACCAGUGGACAACGACUAGAAAGGCCACCAUUAACACCUGAUGAAGUGUAUCGUAUUAUGUGGUUUUGUUGGUACGACGACCCUCAUAGAAGACCAGACUUCAGUGAUCUGGUAGAAAUUAUGACAAAUAUACUAAGUGAAGACAGGCCUAAACCACCCGAACCAUUAUCUGGCGAGAGAAAGACAUCGACAAGGCAUAAGAGACAUGAUUCUGAAUAUCAGAGACACUAUUCAAAUGAUCAGUCCCAAUUAGUACGACUACCAAGAGUUUAAAAGUAUAGUUGGUGUGAUAGAUUUCGCAACUCACUUAUAAAUAGCAUGUUUAUUGUUC